AUGGCGACACGCGAUCAGCAGGUGAUGGGCAUGCCACCAUUCCUGGCCGACUUCCUGAUGGGUGGCGUUUCGGCAGCCAUUUCCAAGACGGCGGCCGCUCCGAUCGAACGAAUCAAGCUCCUCGUGCAAAAUCAGGAUGAAAUGAUCAAGGCCGGCCGGCUUGACCGUCGUUACGGGGGCAUCGUGGAUUGCUUCAAGCGUACAAUAGCAGAUGAAGGGACGCUUCUGCUCUGGCGUGGCAAUACCGCAAACGUGAUUCGCUACUUUCCCACGCAGGCUUUGAACUUUGCCCUGAAGGAUAAGUUCAAGGCCCUGUUUGGAUACAAGAAGGAACGCGACGGUUUUGGACUCUGGGUGUUCGGGAACGUGGCGUCUGGAGCGGCAAGUCGAACACAUGAACUUCUUCGACAGGAUCAGAAUGUGUACUAA